AAAAGUAAAAUUAAAAUAAAAAAUAAAUCUCUUCUCUUCCUCAUAUUACGCCACUCAUUUCAAAUUUCCUAUUUUUUUUAUUAUCCGAUCCUAAUUAAACACGACAAACAAAUUAUUAAAAAAAUAAAUAAAUACCUCUCGUCUCCAAGAAAAAUACUUUGCGAGCGAAUUGAAGAAGUUGAACCCUAGAGAAAACUGUAACCAGUACCGCCACAGUGAGCUUGGCAAGCGAUACGACGCCGUAUUUACGCGUUUGGAAAAUGUCUGGUUCCGGAGGAGGAGGCGUUUCGUUCGCCAGGGCUCGCGGAGAGAACCGAUUCUACAACCCGCCGGCGAUACGACAACGACAACAACAACUUGAGGAGCAAAAACGACAGCAGCGGCAGAAUUCGGCGGCUGCCGCGGCGGAGUCGAAGGUCUCGCCGGCUUCUUCUGCGGAGUCCGAUAAGAGAACGGCAACGGCGGCGGCGGAAGACUGUGCGUCGUCUUUUUGCUCGGUCUCGGCUCGCGGAGACGGGAGUAAUUUGGAUCGGUUCUUGGAGUACACCACACCUCUGGUUUCGGCUCAGUAUUUCCCUAAGACUAGCGUGAGACAAUGGAGAACUCGGGAGCCAGAGCUACAUCCUUAUUUUGUUCUUGGAGAUUUGUGGGAGUCCUUUAAAGAAUGGAGCGCAUACGGGGCCGGCGUGCCAUUUUUGUUGAACAGGAGUGACUCAGUCAUGCAGUACUAUGUGCCUUAUUUGUCCGGCAUCCAGCUCUAUGUAGACCCAUCAAAGCCCUUCCCUACGCUAAGGAAGCCUGGAGAUGAGAGUGAUGCCGAGUCAUCUAGAGAAACAACUAGUGAUGGCAGCAGUGAGUAUGGGGCAGAAAAAGGAUUUAACAAUGCUGUCCAUGGUGCUUGGAGCCGUAAUAACACUACUGAGCCUAAUAUCUAUGGUUGGAAAGGAGUAUCAAGUAAAAGUAAACCCUCCAUGGGUUCCUCAAGUGAUGAAAGCGAGACAUGCAAUCCUCCAGGUCGUCUUGUGUUUGAAUAUUUAGAGAGGGAUCCACCAUAUAGCCGUGAACCUUUAGCUGAUAAGAUCUCAGUCCUUGCAUCUCAAUUUCCAGAACUGAGGACGUAUAGGAGUUGUGAUUUAUUGCCCUCCAGUUGGAUUUCUGUUUCAUGGUAUCCCAUAUAUAGAAUACCUACGGGUCCGACACUACAGAAUCUGGAAGCCUGCUUCUUGACCUUUCAUUCCCUGUCAACACCCUUUCAAGGUUCAAGCACUGAUUGGCUGCAUUUUAAGGGUGCGAGACCUAGAGAGGUUCACCAUGCUCGUUCCAAACUGUCAUUACCAAUCUUCGGUCUUGCCUCCUACAAGUUCAAAGUUUCCUUUUGGAAUACUAAUGGUGUUGAUGAGUGCCAGAAAUCUAAUUCUUUAUUGCGAGCUGCUGAUAACUGGCUCAGACUAUUGCAGGUUAAUCACCCCGACUAUAGUUUCUUCGCGUCGCAUCACUUGCCCAGGAGGUGAAAACCAGAGUUUGACACUAGCUGUUUUGACUUCCUAAAUGUCAAUGAGUCAAUAAUACUGCAAAAGAAAGCAGUAGUCCCCAGCCAACUGUUCAUGUUGAAGGCUAACCUUUUUAUCAGUAUAUUUAUGGAUUGUCCCGCGGUAUCUGUGUUUGUCAAAAAUAUUAAUCAGAACAUUUUUUAUCAUAGUUUUUUUUAGGGUUGUAUAGGAAAAAGUGAAGGAUUGGCCGAGACGAUCGUUGAAUAAACACUCUAUUUUGGGUGUUGGGAGGAUUGACAUUAUGUAUAUCAGGAUUUCACUGAGAUUCUUGUUCUUGAUGAUGAUGACAACUCUGGUUACUGGCCUUUUGUAGAAAGGAGCACAUCUUCUGUAUGGUUUUAGCUUUUUGCGAACGGAAACACGUUCUUACUUUCUUACAAUGUAACUGAGCAUAUUGUUGUUUUGCUGUGUGAUUGUGUAUCGCAGCUAAAUUGAAAAUAAAUUGAGCUUAAAUU